AUGAGUCGAACAACGUCAAAGAAAACAGAGGAAGAGCUUUUGGAUGAACAAAAGCAAGCGGUUACUCGCGAUUUGAUAAAAAAAUUUCGCAAUUAUUUGACAAAGAAAGAAAAAACAAAUGAUACGCUGAUGGCUCUACAGCAGAAACAAAAAGAUGGUGUCUAUAACCGAAAGAAUAAAUCACAAAUUCUUCCCAUGUUAUCCGAUGCUCAGAAAGCAUGUGAAGUCGAGUUGGAAACGUUUCGGAAGUUAUUGGGGGACAUUGAAAAGAUCCGACAAAAAGAGAACACACAGCGAAUGGAGGGAUUAGUUCGAAGGCACACCCUAAUGAGUGUGCUCAAUAAUCAAGCAUCAGCUCUUCCACUGUACAUCGAUAUUCAUUCUUCAUACCCUUCAAGUGGCGUAGGAGGAAUUCCAUACGCAGACUCACACAAUUUCAAGAAAGGAGAUUAUGUAGCUGCGUAUAUUGAAGACAAUUGGAUACUUGCAGAGGUUGAAAACUCAGUUCCGGGAGGGAAAUUUGGUGUCAAAGACAUAGAGGAUGAAAGCCACAAAGUUCAACAUGUAGUGCGCAGAAGAUUAAUCGGUCUUCCAUCUCAUCGGGCCGAUCCACUAAGAGAUGGUCAUGCCCUUUUCCCAGCCGACGCUAUCGUUCUUGCUUUGUAUCCACAAACCACUUGUUUUUAUAAAGGUGCCGUUGUGACUUCUCCAAAAGUGGCGACUGAAGACUACACCGUUGCUUUUGAAGAUUCGUCGUAUGCUGGUGGCUACUCUCCUCCACUACCCGUCGCUCAGCGAUAUGUCCUUUGUUAUCGUGAAAUCAAGAAGGCAGCUGGAAACAAAAGAAAAUGUGAUGAAGAU